CCCGCCCCCAGCCCGGCCCCGGCCCCCCCCCCCCCCCCCCGGUCUCGUCCCCCCCACCCCCGGCAGGGAGCGGAGCGGCGGCGGGAGGCGCGGGGCGCGGGGUGCGGGGUGCGGGCGGAGCCGCUGCCGGUGCCGGCCCCGCUGGCGGAGCCGUGGGUCCCUCCAUGCCGCCAUGGCCCCCGCGGCUGCCCGGCCCCGCGCCGCCCCGGCCCUGGCGCUGCUGCUGGCGCUCGGCGCCCUCGCAUCCGAGUGGCCCCCCCAAAACGCCAGCGAGGCCGAGGGGAGAGGCUGGGAGGGCUCCCUGGACAGCAGCCCCCCACGGUGGGACCUGGCGAGCAGAGACCCCCCGGGGGGGCCCAGCAACAGCACCAGCCCCGGGGGGGCUGUGGCAGGCGGCGAGCCCCCGGUGGGACCCCAGCUAGAGCCACCCGGGGGGGCCACGGCCGCCACCACGGACCCGGCGACGAUGCUGGAGGGGUGCGCGGGGUGCGCCGGGGAGGGCGAUGCCAGCGCUCUGCCCCCCAAAGCCGGCUCGGCGGAGGACGGCCAGGCGGCAGUGACCUGGCCCGGUGACGGGGGGACGGUGGCGGUGGCCCUCGGCAGCCCCGAGGAGCCGGGGAGCGGCGAGCGGGCCACGCGAGCCUCCCUGCCCAGCCCGGGGGUUUUUGGGGGGCUCACGGCCGCCCCGCCGAGCCCUUCCGGCCCACGGCUCGCCACUGACUCGGCCGAAUCCGACCUGCUGCUGGCAGCCGGGGGCUCGGCCGUGCCGUGGACCCCCAUGCCGGGUGACCCCAGCCCUGUGCCAGGCGCCGCGGGGGACUCGGGGCGUCCCCCGGAGCUCUGGGUGGUCGCAUCCAGCCCGGCCCCAGCGCAGGGGGCUCGCGGCCGGACGGAUUUGACCUGGCUGGAGGCAGAGGAGCCCGUCACCGCCGCCCCCGCCCCGGCCGAGCCGCCUGCCGACCGGACGGCCUCGGAGAUUAUCGACGUCGACUACUACGACCUGUUUGAGGGGGCCGAGGGGCUGGGGGGCUUCCCCGGGGGCGGCCGGGGGGCGGCUGGCUCGGCACGGCGGCGGGAGCCGGAGGAGGCGGCCACGCCGUGGGCCCUCCACGAGCUCUACGACGACUUCACGCCCUUCGACGAAGCCGAUUUCUACCCCACCACCUCCUUCUACGCCGACGGGGAUGAGGAAGAUGAGCUGGAGGAGGAUGAGGAGGAGGAGGAGGAGGAAGAUGGGGGGCUGGAGGACGAGAACGGCUACCGGCCACCCGCCUCGGCCAUGCCCGGCGCCCAGCCGGCGCCGCGGGACCCCCGACCUACCGGCCGCCGCGACACGGCCCCGCCGCAGCCCUCCGGCGUCACGGGGGGCAGCCCCACGGCACGGCCGCGGCCGGGGGAGCGGGGCCAGCCGGAGAACGGCACCGAGUGCCGGAGCGGUUACGUGCGGCACAACAGCUCCUGCCGCUCCGUCUGCGACCUCGUCCCCAGCUACUGCCACAACGGCGGCCAGUGCUACCUGGUGGAGAGCCACGGGGCCUUCUGCCGGUGCAACACGCAGGACUACACGUGGCACAAGGGCACGCGCUGCGAGGCCAUCGUCACCGACUUCCAGGUGAUGUGCGUGGCCGUGGGCUCGGCCGCCCUCGUGGUGCUGCUGCUCUUCAUGCUCACCGUCUUCUUCGCCAAGAAGCUCUACCUGCUCAAGACGGAGAACAGCAAACUGCGCAAGACCAAAUACCACACCCCGUCCGAGCUGCACAACGACAACUUCUCCCUCUCCACCAUCGCUGAGGGCUCCCACCCAAACGAUGACCCCAGCGCUCCCCACAAGCUGCAGGACUCCCUGAAAUCCUGCCUGAAGGACGAGGAGCCAUUUAACAUCCACAACUCGACGUCGCCCAAGCACGACGGCGGCGGCGGCAAAGGGGAGCAGGACGGCGGCGAGCUCAACUGUCUGCAGAACAACCUGACGUGAGCAGGGGAGGAGAAGGAGGCGAGAGCAGGAGCCAGCCCUCCCGUCCCCGGCCCUACAAAUCUCCUCUCUCCUCCCCAUCCGGUAUCUCUUUUUUCCCCGCUCCGUGGCAUGCUUUGGUGUGUUUUGUACAGAGGAAAACAAACAAACAAAAAAAUAAUUAAUUAAUAAUAAUACGAAUACAAAGCCAAAGGCUGUAAAUGGUCUUUGGCCGCGUCGUGUCGUGGGGGUGUUUGGUUUGUGCUCCGUGUCUAUCGCUUGGGUUAGUUCAACGCUGUGAUUUCUAAACCUUUGCUGUUCCGCAACUGACUUUUUUUGUACUUUUACCCCACUUUUUUUGAAAUACAAGUAAAAACAACAAAAAAAAAGGAAGAUCUUGAAAUAAAACUUUUUUUUUUUUUUUAAGUUAAGCCUCUUGCCGGUGCCUGCGAUCUUCCAACACGGACACAGCAGGUCCCUGCCCGAGUCCCAUCUGAGCAUCAUGGGGGGGGGUGGCGGGUGCCCAGCGUCCCCCUCCCCAGGCAUCACCCCAGCUCUGCCAGGCCAAUGUGUCCCACCGGAGCGGGGACACUGCGGGGUGCUGCCACCCCGGACACCCUCAGGUGCAGACGGGACCCCCCCCCCCGGGAUGUUUGGUGGAGAUGCUGGGGCUGCACCCUGCUCGCAGGGGCUGCUCCGUCCCCGUGCUGGGGGUCACCCCGCAAAGCGUGGGUGCACGGGGGUGUGACCGUCACCGACAGCGUGCUCCCGGCCACCUCCUGCCCAAACAGCCUCCUCUCGGCGGAGCCACCCGGGCUGCCAGUGGGGAUUGGGGCUCCUGGCUGUCACAACCCCCCCCCAGCUCCUCGUUCCCAUCCAUUCGUGUGAUGGAAGAGAAAACCACGCCGCUGCCGAGGGCCCCAACCGCACGAGAUUCACGGGGGCAAAACCCCUGGCAGCUUGGGCAACGCUG